AUGGCACAUGAACCUCACUACAACAUCAAUCCUGCGUUUAUUGUUCAGGAGGAUUCCCUGAAAAAACUGAAUUUGAAUGUUGUAAAUGGUACUCUAUGCUUUCUGUCUAAGGCUAAGAAUGCUCCUUGUGAAAAGGAGAAAGAAGUACUUAGUGAGGAUGAGGAGGAUUCUGUUGAGGGGGAAGCUGAGAGUGAGGACUCAGAAAAGGAGAAAGAAGAGGAACAAGAUGAUUCUGAUGAGGGAGAAGAAGAGGAAGAGAAGGAAGUAGCUGAGGGCGAAACUGAAGAGGGUAAUGCAGUGCCUAUACAAGCCCAAGUUGAUGAUGUUGGAACUGAGUCUGAGGACUCUGGCAGUGAUGAACAGGAGAUAAUAAUGAAAGAUCAACGCAAGAAAAGAGGGUUGCCUAAGGGUUGGACUUCGGUUCCUGCUAAAAGUUUAGAAGUUCAAGGUGUGACACAGGGGCUGGUGGACUUAAAAAAGGAUGUAGCUGAUUUGAAGGAAAAGGUACUGUCAUGGGAAGCAAAGAUGGAAGACUUACUCAAGAAUGCUGUCACCUCUCAUACGGUAGCUAUUGAACAAAGCAAUGCAAGAACUCUUGAGUCUGUCAGGGAGCUUGGUUUUCAGUGUGUAGAGGAGGAAGUUCCAGAUUCUUAA